AUGGAUGACUCCCAGAAUGAUGUGCUGGACGAACCUGUUCCUGAAAUAACCAGCUCCAAGGGAACCUAUGUUCCGCCGUCAGUCCGCCACUCUGCCAUAUUAGCAGGAGAGUCUUACGCCCAUUACUCCCCCUGUCCACGCGAUGUCAUUCCGUCUUCGAAAUCGUCUACCGAAGAAAAGAAACCAGAGCCUACGCCAUGUGUAUUAGGCAUCGACGAGGCCGGUCGAGGCCCUGUUCUGGGUCCGAUGGUCUACAGCGCAUUCUACCUCCCAAUGCACCUCCAUACAUCCUUACUUGCAGACGAACACCACUUUGACGACAGUAAAGUGCUCACUCCCGAAGUCCGGUCAAGUUUGAUGCGUUCUCUAUGCACACCAGGCCAUGCACUACACAAUUCCUGUGGGUGGACGGUAAAAGUCAUGUCCGCCCGGGACAUAUCUUCCGGGAUGCUACGACCCUCGAUGGCGGCUGUAUACAACCUCAAUGCACAGGCAUUGGAUGCAACUAUUGAAAUAAUACGUGGUGUGGUUGAAACGGAAGGCAUUGACGUCAAGGAGGUCUACGUCGACACCAUUGGGAAGCCAGAAACACACCAGGCUAGGUUGCAGCGGGUAUUUCCCGGCUUGAAGAUCACCGUUGCUAAGAAAGCAGAUUCACUAUAUCCCUGCGUCAGCGCAGCGAGUGUAUGUGCAAAGGUCACGAGAGAUGCUGCCCUGGAGGCGUGUCAUGACCACCUGGUUAACCAGAAGAAAAGGAAAAGGGUUGACGAGACAGCGGAGCAAGAGGAAGAAGUGGUAAGCUGGGGUAGUGGGUAUCCAUCUGAUGGGAAAUGCAUUGGAUGGUUAAAGAAGGACAUGGAUCCGCUCUUUGGAUGGGGGACAGAGUGUCGAUUUAGCUGGGGGACCUCGAAGGAGCUAUUGGAAGUGAAAUCAGGGCUCAAGGUAGACUGGCCCGCCGACGAGGAAGAUGGCUCAAUGCUGGUAACGCAGUAUUUUUCAGCAAAGUCAGACGCCGAUGGGCCAGGUAAUGAAUUGCGGGAUUGGUAUGGACAUAAGUUUGCAGAGAUUUUUUAA